AUGGUCAAGCCGGUGGUGUUUGAAGAAGCCUCACGCAAUCCAGAAUUGUACGGACUAAGGCGAUCGCACCGAGAGAGGAGUGGCCCUGCCAUUGUUGAGUCUGAGUCUGAGUCUGAAGAACUCAAACCUCGGAGAAAAAGGAAACAUGUUGCCGAUGAUUACGAUGAUGAUGAUGAUGAUGACAUGGAAGAGGAUGAUGAAGAAGAAGACGAGGCACAUGCCGACCUUGACGAAGACGAUGAUGAUGAUGACGAGUUCUCGAUCGAGAACAAGAGAAAGAAGCCAAAGAAGCUGAAUAGCUCUGGUACCAAAAAGAAAGCCAAAAAAGCCAAGCAGGAGGAUUUCAGAUCUGCAGUUCAAGAAGUGCGAUUUUCCACCAGAAAUAAUAAAGCUGUCAACUAUUUAGUUGACGACGGCGAUGAUGAUGAUUUGCUCGAGUCUGCUCUGGACGUCGGUGAAAACGACGACGACGACGACGACGACGACGAGGCCGAGGAAAACGGCAAUUACUAUUACUACCAACAGGCAAUCGAGCCGGAAAACGAGAGAGGCAUAGAUUUGGUGAUGGACCACAAGAUUAACCCCGACAAUGCCGAAAUCACCAACGAGCCAAAAUUAGACUAUUUGUUCAAGGUCAAAUGGACAGAUGCCUCGCACUUGCAUAAUACUUGGGAAAACUACAAGGAACUAAAAGAUUUCAAGGGCUUCCGAAAAGUCGAUAAUUACGUGAAACAAUUUAUAAUAUAUGACAAUGAGGUCAGAAAUGAUCCCUUGACUACUAAAGAAGAUAUAGAGACAAUGGACAUAGAAAGAGAACGCAGACGCGACGAACAAGAGGAAUAUACACAGGUGGAGCGAAUAGUGGAUAGUCAGCGAGUGGAGAACGAAGGGGAAAACAGACUAGAGUAUUUUGUCAAAUGGAAGAGACUAUACUACGAUGAAUGCUCUUGGGAAGACGCCGAGGAGAUUGCCAAGAUUGCACCUGCGCAGGUGAAAAAAUACCAGCAGCGGUUAAACUCAAAGAUUCUUCCGCACUUGUCUGCAAACUACCCCAUGACGCAGAGACCAAAAUUUGAAAAAUUGGUUAAACAACCAAUUUUCAUCAAAAAUGGAGAAUUGCGAGACUUUCAGUUAACGGGGUUAAACUGGAUGGCUUUCCUUUGGUCGCGAAACGAGAAUGGUAUCUUGGCGGACGAGAUGGGGCUAGGCAAGACUGUGCAAACGGUUGCUUUUCUUUCGUGGUUGAUUUACGCGAGACGAUACAAUGGGCCUCAUUUGGUGGUUGUUCCCUUAUCGACUAUCCCUGCAUGGCAGGAAACUUUUGAAAAAUGGUCUCCUGAUAUCAACUGCAUCUAUUAUUUGGGCAACGGGGAAGCAAGGAAAACUAUACGAGAUUACGAGUGGUACACUUUGUCUGGUAAACCCAAAUUCAACGUCUUGUUGACCACAUAUGAAUACAUUUUAAAAGACAGGUCGGAAUUGGGAUCAUUUAAAUGGCAGUUUUUAGCAGUUGACGAAGCCCAUAGACUCAAAAACGCCGAGUCGUCGUUGUACGAAUCGUUAAAGAGCUUCCGAUGUUCCAAUCGGUUGUUGAUCACGGGGACACCCUUGCAGAAUAAUAUCAAAGAGUUGGCUGCGUUGUGCAACUUUCUCAUGCCGGGCAAGUUCAACAUUGAGCAGGAGAUUGAUUUUGAAACACCAGACGAGGAGCAAGAGCAAUAUAUCAAGGACUUGCAACAGAAAAUCAAGCCGUUCAUCCUCAGGCGGUUAAAGAAAGACGUGGAGAAAUCUCUCCCUUCCAAAACAGAACGUAUUUUGCGGGUAGAGCUCUCGGAUAUUCAAACCGAUUACUACAAGAAUAUAAUCACCAAAAACUAUGCAGCUUUGAAUGCAGGCAACAAGGGUUCUCAAAUCUCCUUGUUGAAUGUGAUGAGUGAAUUGAAGAAGGCCUCGAACCACCCGUAUUUAUUCGACGGAGCAGAGGAUCGCGUACUCUCUAGCGCCGGCUCUAGCAGCAGGGAAAACAUUUUACGAGGUAUGAUUAUGUCCUCGGGUAAGAUGGUGUUGUUGGAACAAUUAUUGUCUAGAUUGAAAAAGGAAGGGCAUAGGGUGUUGAUAUUUUCCCAAAUGGUGAGAAUGUUGGACAUAUUGGGCGACUAUAUGUCAAUCAAGGGAUACCAGUUCCAACGGCUAGAUGGUGGAAUACCCUCGGCUCAAAGACGAAUUUCGAUAGACCAUUUCAACGCCCCCGAUUCAAAGGAUUUUGCAUUUUUGUUAUCGACGCGAGCAGGUGGAUUGGGGAUCAACUUGAUGACUGCAGACACGGUGAUUAUCUUUGAUUCCGAUUGGAAUCCGCAAGCUGAUUUGCAAGCCAUGGCCCGUGCCCACAGAAUCGGGCAGAAGAACCACGUGCUGGUGUACCGGUUUGUUAGUAAGGACACGGUCGAGGAACAGAUUUUGGAAAGAGCACGCAAAAAGAUGAUUUUGGAAUAUGCAAUCAUCUCCUUGGGCAUAACGGAUCCCAAUGCAAAGAAAAAUAGCAAGAACGAGCCAUCGGGUAAUGAAUUGUCGCAAAUUCUAAAGUUUGGUGCCGGGACCAUGUUUAAAGAAAAUGACAAUCAGCAGAAGUUGGAGAAUUUGAAUUUGGACGACGUGUUGAAUCAUGCUGAGGAUCAUGUCACUACUCCGGAAUUGGGCGAGUCCAAUCUUGGUUCCGAAGAGUUUUUGAAACAGUUUGAAGUCACGGAUUACAAGGCGGACAUUGAAUGGGACGACAUUAUUCCUCAAGAAGAGUUGAGUAAGUUGAAGGACGAGGAAAAAAAGAAGGCCGACGAACAAUUCCUUCAAGAGCAAAUUGCAAUGUAUUCUAGGAGAACUGCUGCCGUUCGUAAACUCGAAAACGGUUCAACCAACCCAAGUGACUACGAAGACAGCGGCGAAGAGCCGAGAAUGACUCAGAGGAGGAAAACAGCCACCGAUUAUCAAUUAUCCGAGAAGGAAAUAAGGGGAAUCUACCGCUCGAUUCUCAAGUGGGGCGACUUGACUGGCAAAUGGGAACAGUUGGUAGAAGAAGGUAGUAUCACGAAUAAGAAUCCUGUGUACAUUAAGCAUGCCUACAAUGAAAUUGUCAGCACUGCCAAGAAGUUGGUCAAAGAGGAAGAAAUCAGACGAGCAGAAGCGCUUGCCGAACUUGGACGCAAAGCCGAGGAACAGAAGAAGAACCCGGAGGCGGCCGAGGCCAACCAGACUGCAUUGUGGAUUGCCAAGAAGAAGGAGAAGAAAGCGGUACUCUUUGAGUAUCAAGGAGUGAAAAACAUCAAUGCCGAGAUUGUUUUAAACAGGCCAGUGGAUAUGAAGUUGCUUGAGAAAAUAAUUCCGAAAGACGACCCUUUGGUGUUUGAGUUGCCCCGACAGCCGAAAGCAGUGCAAUCGUGGACUUGCGACUGGACAGCCGAGGACGACAAUAAACUACUUGCGGGGGUUUAUAAGUUUGGGUACGGAUCGUGGACGCAAAUCAGAGAUGACCCGUUGUUGGGAUUGCAGAAUAAGUUGUUUUUGGAAACAGUAGCAACGACAAGGGGGGGCUCGAAUAGUGUAAAGACAGAAGCAAAGGAAGCGAAAGAAGGAAAAGAAGGAAAGGAAGGAAGAGAACCAAAAGAUGCAAAAGAAGGAAAAGAAGGAAAAGAGGCAAAAAGGGUUCCCACAGCCAUUCAUUUAGGAAGAAGAGUCGACUAUUUAUUCACCUUGUUACACGAGGAUAAAGAAAAUGGCAGCGGCACACCGGUGCACAAGCCGAGGGCUCGGAAGCAAGAACGCAUAACGGCCAACGGCAAAGGCAAAAAAACCCCGCGUUCUGCAACACCUGAGACAGCUAGCCGUCCAGUCAGACCAAAGGGACCAAGUCUGCAUCAAGCUCGCCAUCCAAAGCAUCCCAAAAAUGCAUCAAACAGUCCCAAGCUCGAGCACGGCAAAGAGCACAGCAAAGAGCACCGCCACGAGCACCGCCCACCAAAACAGAUUGACGUUGACGUUGAGUACGAGAGCAUGGACGAGGAGUCGUGCAAGUCGGCGUUGCACCCGGUCUCGAGAUCACUACACACGUUGCGCAAAGGACACCACGGGUUGGGCAAGCAAGAGUGGGCAAAAAUCUUGCGUCUGGAGUUGUUGAAUAUCGGAGGCCAUAUUGACUCGGAAGUUGCCAAAAUCAAGGGGAACGACAAGGCUGACACGUUGCAGAAGCACUUGUGGUCAUUUGCCGGGAUGUACUGGCCCAAAAAGGUUGCCAGUAAGAACCUCAGCACCAUGUACGAGCGACUCAAGGUGAAAACCGAAGCCGAGUAA